CCAAACGUUUCAAUGGACAAAACAAACACCAGAGAAAACAAUUCCACACCACCAACACAUCAAUGGCUACCAUAUUUUCAUCACCAUCCGCCAUUUUCUCCUCCUCAUCCACCACCAAAACCCCACCCUCCUCCUCUUCCUCACCGAAGCUCUCUCUCCUCCCCUGCAAACAACAACCUCUAACCACCUUGACCGCCGCCGCAGCCAUAGCCGCAAUCCUCAUCUCCGCACCCCCACCUUCCUUAGCAUCAGACUACCAAGUCUACUACGGCACCGCUGCCAGCGCUGCCAACUACGGCGGCUACGGCGGCAACUCCAGCAAGAAGGACUCUGCUGAGUACGUCUACGAUGUCCCUGAGGGUUGGAAGGAGCGAUUGGUCUCAAAGGUUGAAAAGGGUACCAAUGGAACUGACAGUGAAUUCUACAACCCGAAGAAGAGGGCAGAGAAAGAGUACCUCACUUUCCUUUCUGGGUUUCGCCAGCUAGCUCCUAAAGAUGCGGUCUUGAGCAAUUUGGCACUGUCUGAUGUGAAUUUGCAGGACUUGAUUGCUGAUGCAAAUAGUGUGAAGUCUGAGGAGGUGAAGGAUGAUAAGGGUCAAGUGUAUUAUGUGUAUGAGAUUGAUGGGGUUGGUACUCAUAGCUUGAUCUCAGUGACUUGUGCUCAAAACAAGCUUUAUGCUCAUUUUGUUAAUGCUCCUAAUCCAGAGUGGAAUAAAGAUAAGGACAUUCUAACACAUGUUCACAAGUCUUUUAAGACAGUUGGGGGAACAUUUUGAUGAUUAAUUAGCUUCUAGUUUUUUCUCUACUGUAUAAAUAAAAAUGGUUGUCUGUUUUGUAUAUGCUGAGGACGAUGACUUAUGAUGAUGAAUUUGAUAUUUUCUCUGCUUGUUGAUUUUCUUGCA